AUGAGGAACCCCUCACAGUCAUCAGCUCCAGGCUCGUCAUCGACGGCGGCGGUGGAGGUGGAGGGCAGGCGGCGUGGAGGGCCGACGCCGUGUUGCAGCAAAGUGGGUCUGAAGCGGGGCCCGUGGACGCCGGAGGAGGACGAGGUGCUGGCGAGCUUCGUGCGGCGGGAGGGGGAGGGGCGGUGGCGUACGCUGCCCAAGCGCGCUGGGCUCCGCCGCUGCGGCAAGAGCUGUCGCCUCCGAUGGAUGAACUACCUCCGCCCCUCCAUCAAGCAUGGUCCCAUCGCGCCCGAUGAGGAAGAUCUCAUCCUCCGCCUCCACCGCCUCCUCGGCAACCGGUGGUCUUUGAUAGCUGGGAGGAUUCCUGGGCGUACUGAUAACGAGAUCAAGAACUACUGGAACACCCACCUCAGCAAGAAGCUCAUCAGCCAAGGCAUAGAUCCGCGCACCCACAAGCCCUUGGCCUCCUCCACUCCUGAUGCGAUCCAACAGCCUCUUGCACCACCGUCCUACACUAACCCUAACCCUAGCACAGUCCUUAACAUCGAUCCCAUCGUCCUUCGUGCUCAGGGUACUCAUCGCAGAGGCAUCGGUGUUCAAGAUAACGAGAGAAGCUUUUCGGACAGACAGAACCUUCAGCAUGAUGACGACGAUGACGAUGAAGGAUGGCGGAACAACGAGCUACUUGAUGGUGCUACAGGAAACCAAGAAGGAGGUGAUUACGGUACCAGCGAAGAUGGAGGGAUUGGGAUCGACUGUUACACAGAUGAUAUCUUCUCCUCUUUCCUUGACUCGUUGAUCAAUGAGGAUGCCUUCCAGCUGCAGCACAAUGUCAGUAACAACGAUGAUAACAUUAUUCUCGACAACACCAUCAACAACAACAAUAGCGCUAAUGGGAAUAACCAAGAAAUGCAACCAGCAGGCGCCUCUACUGCACCUUCAGGUCCUGUGUGCGGAUUUGGAACCUUUUGGGAAGCAGGCUUUGUGGGUCAGAUUGGUUUGGAGGAAGGUGUUCAUGAGCAGUUUGCAGAUCAUGCAGGCAAGUAAAUUUUACUUGGUUGGUAGAUUACCGAGCUAUAUUUGUGUUGUGUAAAUAAGAGCUUGAACAGAAAUAUGGGUUUGCAAUAUCUUGUUCAGCUCUGAUCAUGAAUAGCUAGCGUGGGAAAUGUAAUCUUAUGUUUACCAAAGUUUGUAAUGAUGAUUUAAGUUCUAAAUCUUUUAUGCAAACUAAUUUGUUGUAUUAACUCAAUUGAUCAAAAGAGUAGCU